CGCAGCCCUAUCCGUCCGCGGAGCGGACUGAACUGGAAGCCGAGCGCUGCCGCGGGAAGCAGGCGAUGGGGGCAGGUGCCGCCGGCUGCGCCAUGGACGGGCCGCGCCUGCGGCUGCUGCUUCUGCUCUUGGGGGUGUCCCUUGGAGGUGCCAAGGAGGUGUGCCCCACGGACCUGUACACCCACAGUGGGGAGUGCUGCAAAGCCUGCAACCUGGGCGAAGGUGUGGCCCAGCCAUGCGGAGCCAACCAGACUGUGUGUGAGCCCUGCCUGGACAGCGUGACCUUCUCGGAUGUGGUGAGCGCCACCGAGCCGUGUAAGCCGUGCACCGAGUGCGUGGGCCUGCAGAGCAUGUCGGCGCCGUGCGUGGAGGCCGACGACGCCGUGUGCCGCUGUGCCUACGGCUACUACCAGGACGAGACGACGGGCCGCUGCGAGGCGUGCCGCGUGUGCGAGGCGGGCUCGGGCCUCGUGUUCUCGUGUCAGGACAAGCAGAACACCGUGUGCGAGGAGUGCCCCGACGGCACGUACUCCGACGAGGCCAACCACGUGGACCCGUGCCUGCCCUGCACGGUGUGCGAGGACACCGAGCGCCAGCUGCGCGAGUGCACGCGCUGGGCCGACGCCGAGUGCGAGGAGAUUCCCGGCCGUUGGAUUACACGGGCCACGCCCCCAGAGGGAUCGGACAGCACUGUCCCCAGCACCAAGGAGCCCGAGGGUCCUCCAGAGCAAGACCUCGUAGCCAGCACGGUGGCAGAUGUGGUGACCACAGUGAUGGGCAGCUCUCAGCCCGUUGUGACCCGAGGCACUGCCGACAACCUCAUCCCCGUCUAUUGCUCCAUCCUGGCCGCUGUGGUUGUGGGCCUCGUGGCCUACAUUGCCUUCAAGAGGUGGAACAGCUGCAAGCAGAACAAGCAAGGAGCCAACAGCCGGCCUGUGAACCAGACGCCCCCGCCUGAGGGAGAAAAACUCCACAGCGACAGCGGCAUCUCUGUGGACAGCCAGAGUCUGCAUGACCAGCAGCCUCACACUCAGACAGCCGCAGGCCAGGCCCACAAGGGAGAUGGAGGCCUCUACAGCAGCCUGCCACUGGCCAAGCGGGAGGAGGUGGAGAAGCUGCUCAAUGGUUCUGCGGGGGACACCUGGCGGCACCUGGCGGGCGAGCUGGGCUACCAGCCUGAGCACAUAGACUCCUUCACCCACGAGGCCUGCCCCGUCCGUGCCCUGCUUGCCAGCUGGGCCGCCCAGGACAGUGCGACGCUCGACGCCCUCCUGGCCGCCCUGCGCCGCAUCCAGCGAGCCGACAUUGUCGAGAGCCUGUGCAGCGAGUCCACGGCCACCUCCCCGGUGUGAGCCGAGCUGGGAGCCCCUGCCCUGCCCCCACAUUCCGACGACUGAUGCUCCAGCCAACCCCCGUGGGCCGGCGUCAGAGCUGAGCCCCUCUGGGCAGGGCCUCAGAGCCCAGGCCCCCAAACCACAGCCCUGUCACUGCUCCCGUGUGGCCCCACCGCUUCUGAUCACACUCCUCCAGUGCCAGAAGGACCCCUGCUGCCUCUCCCUCCUUGCCCCUUCCCGGUCCCCAUCUCAGGCUUUCUGCUCCUUCUCCCCAUACUGCUCGACGGGCCAGCCCCUCCCACCUUAGCAGGUGUCAUAUCUGGGGGGCUGACACCAGGGAUGGCGUUGGGGGCCAUGACAAGGCCCCAGAGACUCAGAGGGAGAGACUGAGGAACUAAAGCCAUGGACUCUGCACUGUGAACUUGGGGAAUGAGGGGGCAUCAGAGUGGCCUACACCCUCUCUCAGCCCCCCUCACCCUCCCCUCUGGCCUAAGAUGAAGAGGACCAGAGGCUUGUCUGACCUGAAAGGGGGUUUUGAAAUCUAGUCCAUCCCCUUUGUUUUACAUACAGGACAAUGAGGUCCAGAGAGAGGCGGUGACUUGCCUAAAGCCACCCAGCAAUAGGAGGCUGAAUGUGGACUGGCUCCCUCCUCCCUGAGUGAAGGGUGCAGGCCUCAGGUUUGCUUAAGGGCUGGGAGAGGGGGGCCAGGCGACCCUCUGGGAAAUGUCUCAAAGCCAAGUCCGGUCUGCCUUCUACUAUCUCCAGGCCUGUCCAACCCCUGUGAAGGCAGGAUGCUUCGCUCAAGGCCUGGUCCUGUGAUCCGUCAUGACCCCAGUGAGGUUUGGGGUUUGUGGAAAGGGGUGCUGCCUCCCUCUGCCUGUGCCCUCAGGCAUGUCAGUGUGGCCUCUGUGGUGGGCCCAGUCUGUAGGUGCCCUCCAUCCCGGCACAGACCCAGAGCCAGCACAGGCGGCAUCUUCCCCUAGAGUCAACCCUGCAACACGCAGAUUCACAGACAUACAGACGCACGCAUACAAGAUGAGAAACCUUGCCUUGCUUCCCAAGUUCUUUCUCCUGGGCUGUGACCGGAUCCUGCCCCGGGGCAGUUGCCAGAGAAGCAUCGAAGGGAAUUGCGCUCUGCUGUCUGUCUUCCCUCGCCCCCGGGUUUGGCGGGCCAAGCCUCAAGCUGAGGCUUGAGCUGGUGUCUGUCUUCCAAGGGCCUGCACGUGGAGGAAUGCCCCCCCACAUCCGCCCCUUCCCUGCAAGCUCGGUUUUGGCCCGGCCCGGAAGGCUGCAAAGAAGGAAAGUGGACCAGUGUGGGAACGCAGCAAGAAGAGACUGAGAUAGCCUGUGGCCCAUUGAGGGUCUCUCCCAAGUUUAGAGGAUCCUACAAAGGACUGAUUUUUCCCUAGCUGGGUGCCAGAAAGGGGCCCUGCAGUCUCCUGAGGUCCCUCCCUGGCCUGUUUUCUUGAUGUUGGAAUGAGUGUGGCUCCCCCUCUAUUUAGCAUGAACGAGCCCGAGCAGGGUGUGUACUGACAGCCACCCCCUCCCUGGCCCAGGGUUCUUCCAACCCUGUGUAAGGGACUGGGAACACUAUACGUAGAUGGCAUUUCUUUGACCUCAAUCUGUGAUGGGAGGAAGAAACUCACCUGCUGGCCCCUCGCCUGUGCACCUGGGGAGUGGGACAGAGUCUGAGUGUAUUUAUUUUCCUCCCCAGCAGUUGGGGAGGGCGUUGGGGGUUGCAAGUAUGUUUUAGCAUGUGUUUGGUUCUGGGGCCCCUCCCACCUCCCUUUGGGCUGAGAUGGAAGCCUUUUGGCCCCCCAGCUGGGGGCUAUGAGCGCCAGACUCCCUGUCCCCUCCCCCUUGCAUCCUGUGUAAUCAUUUCUUGGGCCCUCCUGAAACCUACACAUAAAACAUAAAUGAUGACCAUUAA